UCACGUUCAAUACACUGUAUUUGAAGUUAGAUUCAAAUGGGACUUGCGAGAAUUGCCGUAUGAACACUCCAUUGAAUUACACGUACGGUUUGGAGCUUGGAGCUUGGAGCGUUCUAACUAUGUAAUAACCCUUCUGUAAUAACUUCACGGUUUUCUUGGCUGUGGUUUUGUAAAAUGAAUACAUUUAAACGGGAUAAGAAAGAGGAGGAAGAUGGUGGGGGGAAUCCUUUCCAAAAUUUGGGGAAGACAACUGUUCUCCAGGAAGCACGUACCUUUAAUAAUACACCAGUUAAUCCAAUAAAAUGCGCGCACAUUCUUACAAAACUAUUGUACCUGUUGAAUCAAGGAGAACAGUUAGGAACAAUGGAGGCCACAGAAGCAUUUUUUGCUAUGACCAAAUUGUUUCAAUCCAAGGAUGUUGUGCUAAGACGUUUGGUGUAUCUAGGUAUCAAAGAACUCAGUUCUUUGGCGGAAGAUGUGAUCAUAGUGACCUCUAGUCUAACGAAAGAUAUGACUGGAAAAGAAGAUUUGUAUAGAGCUGCAGCUAUAAGAGCAUUAUGUACUAUCACGGAUGCUGGAAUGUUAGCAGCUAUUGAACGAUAUAUGAAGCAAGCUAUCGUAGAUCGUUCUCCUGCAGUUUCUAGCGCAGCCCUGGUUUCUUCGUUACAUUUGACCAAUAUAUCUGAAGAUGUUGCACGCAGAUGGGCAAACGAAGCCCAAGAAGCAUUAAAUUCCAACAAUGUAAUGGUUCAGUAUCAUGCUCUGGGUGUUUUAUAUCAAGCUCGAAAAUCUGAUAAACAUGCGGUAGUUAAGUUAGUUGCAAAACUUAUGAGNUUAGACCUCUUUUACAUGGUGAUUUGUUUGGAGCUUGGAGCUUGGAGCGUUCUAACUAUGUAA